UAGAAGAAGCAAAUAGUCCAGUUGUUGGGUUACGUUUAUCUUUGGCUCGUAAAGAAAACGUUAAAAAAGUGUAAUAUUCAACGAAUUUUCUGUCGAAAAUUCUAGAAAUCCAUAAUUGUGUAUACACCGGUGCUAAAGUCGACAAGUGAAACCGUUGAUUUUUGUGCAAAAUAACAUAAAUUUGCAUUUAAAAAUUUUGCGCGUUCAGCGUGGCGUGUGUAUGUAUAUAUGUGUGCGUAAUAUACCUGCUAGUUGCUUUAUAUCGCUGUCCCAGUGCGAAAGGAGAGCAGAAGAGAGAACUCGCUACUUUAAAGCAAAGCGUUGCAACUGAACGAAAACAUUGCAAAAUACAAUUCAUUGUAUUUUGUAAGCAAUAUUAAUACUAAUACCAACGUCAAAAUGUCCGACGAGACCAGCAUACAAAAACCGGAAGGAGAGACGGUUGCCGAAACCAAAUCCAACAACGAUGAAGAUGCAACAAUUCAGCCGGCAGUGGAUGAGAAGAAGACACCCAAACGUACGCCAAAGCGACGCUCAUUCAUUGAGCGCGCUCAGCGCGAGAGUGAGGAAUUGGUGCGGACAAUGGGCGGCACCUUGGAGCUGGAGGGUGGACGGCGUACUCGAUCCAGUACACGAGGUACUCCGACAAGAAGCGCUGAUACCGUUACACCGCCUCCAAGUAAAAAGGCUCGCACAUCGCCAGCGAUCGCUAAGAGCGGAGGACGGGGACGCGGUGCUCGAAAGCUGGAUGUUGGCGGCGAUGAAGAAGUUGAACAAGAGACAACAAAAGCCAAGCCAGUAACUGUGGAGAAGGAGGAGGUGGAAGAGAAGGCUCAAGCAAGCAAAACCACUAAAACAACCGCCACUGCGAAGAAAGGAAAGAAGGAAGAAAAGGAACAAAAACAGAAGGCAGCUGACGCGAAAGACAAAAAGGAUACCAAGGACACAGAGGAUGCCGAAACAAAGGCUACAGAAACGAAUGAACCUGCGUCAAAGACCACCGAAAGUAAGGAUCAGCCUGAUUCCAUUGCCCAGGAGCCUGCCCCACAAGAGGAAAAACAAAACAACAUUGUUCACGAUAAAUCAGACGCAAAAGAACCCGAAACAAAGGAAAAAACACCCGAGCCAUCGACAACUGCGGAGGAACCGGCCAAAGUUGAAAGCCCACCAAAGAGUGAUGCGACAGCUGCUGUUCCUGUUUCUGAGUCACUCAUGGAAGUGGAUGACGAUGAGAAAGAACAAUCAAAAACGGAUCAGACUACCGCUGAUGCAACAUCCUCCGACAUUUCUACACCUGCUGACAUCACAGAAUCAGUAGACAAAAAGAAGGACUCAGAAGAGUCGCAAGAAAGUGAGAGCAGUGGGGAGCCGAAACCCGAAACCACCGAAACUGCUGAGCCCGCCAAGCAGCAAACACCGGAACCCAUGGAAGUAGAUUCAAGUUCGAAAGUCAGCACUGAAUCUGCCAGGCCCAUAUCACCCGUCAAAGAAGUUGCCCCAGUAGCAGCCGCUGUCGAAAACAGCGACAAACCUAAAGCGGCCGAAAUGGCAACAAGCAAUAACGAAGUCGUUGAAUUGGCCACCGAAGCCAAAGAGGAUGCUCCAGUCCUUCCAGAGAAGGAGGCACAAGCAAGCGAAGUCGAAAGCUCAUCAGCAGAUAACAAUACAACCAAAGCUGAUGAAGCUCCCGCCAGCAAUGAUGUGAGCAAGCUGGCUGCGCCAGUUGCCCCAAUCGAAGUCCCAUUAACGGAGGCGCCAGCCGCACCCGCCAAGGAGACAAACUGCGACAACAAGUCCGAGCACAAUGACAAUGGUGAACCGAAGAUCGUUAACAAUGCCACCGAAGAUGGCGAGAACCAUGUGACGCCGCAGGCCUGCAAUUAAGCAGCACCAUAAUUAUAAUAAUAAUAAUGAUGAUGAUGAUGAUGAUAAUGAAAACCAAUAACUAAAGUUAAAAGCCGUAUAUGUACAAGUGUUGCUUCGGCUCAUUUCGACAAGCCAACAAAUAUGCAAAUCACGACGAGUUUUUCGUACGUCUACUACGUCACGCGCCUAACGCCUAACCAGGGCUAAGUUCUUUUUCCAUUGUCAAGAUUUUUCUUUUUAUUCUCAAGCCACAAAAUCGUACGCGAUUGCAAUUCACUAAACAUCUUCCAGUCUUUGGCUGUAAUCGACGCUGGACUUUCAAUGCUGUUUUGUGUGAGCAAUAUAGACUAACAAUAACACAUCCACAGCAAAUAGAAACUAUCACGUAGCCCUAACCCGCCAAUCUAAACACACACACACACAAGCCCAACCCCACACACACAUAAAUUGUUAAAAGCAAUCAACUAUAAAUAAUAUGUAUGUGUAAAAUUAAUUAAAUCGGAAACAAAAGAAAUACAUUAUUAAGAAAUGUAUGUAAAAUAGAUGUUUUUAAAUUUUAAGACAUAAUCUAUAAUACGAUUCUAACUUUAACAAACCCAUUUGGAUAACACUCAAAACCCAAGGAAAGAUUUAAACAGCUGAUGCGUCAUUCAAGAAAUUAAGUACAUUUAGAUAUAUACAUAUUUCUAUAUCUUAUAACUUUACGAAUGCCAUUCACACUUACCUGGCUAUUAACAACAAAUCCUUGUUUUUUUUUUUUUUUGUAUUUUUAAUUUCAAUACAAUAUUUCUUAAUUUGAAGUUGCUCACAUUUAGCAUAUAGCUAUUAAAAUUUUGUCAUUUAAUUUUACCUGAAAAAAAAAAUUGUAUCAAACAACGCAUCAAUUGUAUUCUGCAUAGACAUUGCAACACAAAAAUCUUUUCCAGGCAAUCUUAACUAAAUUACGAAUAGUACUGUACAAUUUUUCAAUGAAAAAUUCGAAAAACAAAACAAACAAAAAAAAAAAACAAAAAACAAAAAAAAAGAAAAACCUCACACACAAGAGCGUAAAAUACUUUGGAACUCUUUUUUAUAACUGAAAUAAUCAGUCGAAACAGUUUUUGUAUGUAGCUGGAUACUUUCUGUAUAAGGAAUUCUUCAUUUAAAUAUUCUUUUGUAAAUAAAUCGUUUAAAAAUACAAAAGAGA